AUGGCGGCUGUUGAUGCGUUCUCACGUAACCCCCUCCAAAUUGCUUGUCUGAAUAACAAUGUCAACGUGGUGAAAUACUUGACUGACAGGGUAAAAGAAUUGCUGCCAUUUCUUGAUAUGGAAAAGUUCGUUAACUAUUCAACAGGAGAACAUGGCGAGACAGCACUACACUGUGGAGCAAGAGGAGGCAGUAAAGAGGUGAUAGAUAUACUGAUCAAAGCGGGGGCUAAAACAGAUUGUGUUUCGGCAAGUCAACGCACCCCACUGCAUGUGGCUUGUAAAAGAGGAAACCUGGACGCUGCCACCGCACUCGCCAAUUGGAAUGGAGAAUUGAUAACGAGUGUUGAUGAUUCAGGAAAAACUGCCCUGAUGAUUGCCAGUGCUGAAAAUGAUUCACCCGCUAUUGCUCAAAUGUUGAUAGGACUUGGUGCUAAAAUUUCAGUUCACGAUCAUACUGGCAAAACUCCUGUCUUUGAGGCUGUUCUACACAAUCGUGUGAACGUUCUGGAGUAUCUGAUGACACAGUUGACAUCAGACAUGAUAGAACAAGAUAUUGACAAAUCUCAGAACACACCGCUUCACUGGGCUGCUGAUAAGGGUUUUCUGAUAUGUUGCAAGGAUCUUGCUGUCAAAUGGAGUAUAAACAACGAGAAUGCACGAGGUGUCACUCCCCUGCAUCUUGCUGCAGAAGCAGGCCACAGAACUACCGUAAAAGUUCUGUUAGAAGCAGGUGCUAAGUUUAACGUGCCCGACCUAAACGAGGAAACUCCACUGCACUACAGCGCUCGUGCUGGACAGGAAGACACAACAAAGGCUCUGAUAAAUAAAGGUGCUAACUUGGCUAAAGUUAGCCAGUUCGGCGACACUCCUCUUCUAACAGCUAUUCGGAAUAAUAAUGAGAAUGUUAUAGCCUUGUUGUUACAGUCAGAGCAAUGGAAUAAGAAGCUCUGA